AAACGAAAACGUUAACAAAAAUCGCUAAGCGCAAAAACAAACCAAAAAACGAGUCAAGCCUAAACCAAAGCCAAGUCCAAAGUCCAACUAAACGCCACUCGAACUAACUAAAUAAUAAGACCAGACUAACUCUAUUCCUCCUAGAAACAUUCCCCGAAAAAGAAAAAUCAGAUAUAAAUCAUCCAGAAAAAGACCAUAAUUGCUUUAGUGUGUGGUAAAUAGGAAGGCUUUUGUUAGUCAGAAGCAGGAGCAGCAAAAGCAGAAACAGCAGUUUCAGGAGCAGAAGCGAGAUCAAGAGCUAAAGCAGAUACAGCAAAAAGCAGAAACGGCAAGUAGCUUGUGGCAUCAUCGUCGUCGUCGUCGUCUGACGACUGACGUUUGAACGUGGCAGGCGUCGAGCGGCAUCUAUUAAACAACAAACACAACACAACAUCUCGUCCCCCUCCCAAAAAAGCAACAGAAAAUAUAGAGUAAAAACGGCAGGUGCAAGGAGCAAGGCGAGUAACGAGAAACGAGCGAACGCCCGUCGAAUAAUGUUAGACAUUAAGAAGAACAGAGGAUUCCAAAAGAUUCCACAGCCAUCCAAAUUGCAGCCAUCAACGGGAGCCGGAUCAGUAUCAUCCUCAGCAGCAGCAGCAGCAGAGGCCACAGCAGCAGCGGCGGCAUCGACAGGUACCAGAGGAGCAGUAGGAGCAGCCACAUCGGGCAGGGGAACCGCCAGCCAGAGUCAACGUUUAAAGAACCAGGUCAGACAAGCAGCAGGUGGAGGAGGAGCAGCAGCGGGGGCCAGUAAACCCUCGGUGGUUGUGGGCAAGACGCACGCCGCCCUGGCGGCUGUUAAAUACGGCAACGGAGGAGUAACUCCAGCCACACAGGUUCGCUCGACACUGGCGGGAGUGCAAGGCGGGGCCACCACCACCACAGCCACCAGUAAUCCAGUGCGGGCGGCCAAUCAGCGUUACUUCCUGGUAUCCAGCUACAAGGAUCCAACGUUUCUCAAGGCCGAAUGCGAGUUGGCCCAUGCCCAGGUGACCACGACGACGGCCAGCAAAGUAAAGGGCAAUCGCAUACGCGCGGGUGAAGAUACCAGAAACAAUAAUAACAAUUCGAAUAGCAACAAUAGUAGCAGCAACAGCAGCAGCGGCAACGGCAGAAGGGCGGCUAACAACCCGCUGAGUGAUAUGCGACGUGGUCACAUGUUCAAUGGCAAUCAACAGACCAGCACCAGCACCACGACGAGCCACAGCACCACCAUCAGUAGCAACAGCAACAGGAUCACUGCUGGCCACCAAACCAACACAAACGGGUUGCUCCACAAGUAUAGUAGUGCCCGCUCUGGCACCUCACCGAAGGUCUAUGGCAAGCUAAAGCCGAUCAACACCAACAACAACACGGCCGCCGCAGCUGCAGCUGCAGCAGCGAUGAUGAAUGGACAUCAUCAUACCAAUAAUAAUAACAACGGAAGCAGCGGCAGCAGCACCGCCACAAGCGGCAACAACAACAUGAUGCAACGUCAGCAGCAACACGAUGACAUUACCUACAUAGACAGCGAUGAGCCAACAGCCAACGGAGGAGGAGGAGGAGGGGCUGGAGGAGCAGGGACAGCAGCCGCCAAGGCCAUUUGCUACUUCAAGCCUAUAACUCCACCGCUGCAGCUGCGACAUCGCAACCAACAGCAGCAGCAGCAGGAUCAAAAGCAAUCUGACAGCAGCCAUCGCUAUGCCCGACCCAAGUCCACCAUUAUAGCCUCCGCUCACUCGAAUUUUGCGGCCAGCUAUGAGAAGUUUAGCAGUGGCUAUCAUCGUCAGACCAAUGGAGGAGGAGGAGGAGGAGGCGAGAUUACUGCCACCACAGAGAGCCGGUCAGCUGCCGGUGGCAAUGUCCGGCGUUAUGGCAUCGAUUCGCUGAGCAUUAAGGCCUCCAUUGAGAAGUUUAACAAUCUGAGUACCCAGAAGAGACCCACAACCAAUACGGCAACAGUGUCGGCCACGGGGAGUGGCACAGGAGUGGCAGGAGCGGUAGGAACGGCUGCUGUCACUGGAGGAAGAAGCAAUCACACAUCGCAUCAGCAGCAACAGCAUACCGCCGGCGGGAGCAGCGGGAAUCUGCAACAGCGCUACAGCAGCGACCUGGACAACAUACGAGUGGCGGCAGCGGCGGGCUAUAGUAGUUCCCUGACCAGAGCCGCCUACCGAACCACAGCCACCAUGAAUAGUGUUGGUACGCCAAUGGGGAUGCUGGAGACAGGAGCAGGAGCAACAGGAGUGCAUGCCAGCCGACAGGUGGCCAGCGCCGAGAGUGCCAGCCAGGUAAACAGCGAUGUAGCUGGGCUGGGAACAACACAAACAGCAGCAGCAGUAGCAGCAGCGACACCCAAUAAUGCCACCACCACCACACCAGCCACGUCUUCCGUCUCCACAGCCACAAGCAUAGUCACAGCCACAGCCUCAGCUACAGCCUCUAGCUCCGCCAGCGAUAGUACGCAGGCGAGAAGCGGCACUACUGGCAGCAGUGCCCGGAGCGUCCUGCCGCCCAUGACACCGACAUCGAGUCGUUACUGGGAUCGGGAUCGGGAGAGCGGCACUAGCCGUAACAGCGGCAGCACUUCCUCCACCCUUACCUCGUCAUCGCUGAAGCACAACUCAGAUGAGGGCUACAAGAAUGCCUCCUCGUCCAGGGAUGAGAAGUCGGAAGGUUUGUGCGGACUGAGAAACAUUGGGAACACAUGCUUCAUGAACUCGGUCAUUCAGUGCCUGAGCCACACCCAAGAGCUGACGCGCUUCCUGCGCUCACAGCACGGCACCCGCUCGUCCUCCACCAAGGAUCAGCAGAUACUCCACGAAUUUGCCAAACUCAUCCAGGAAAUGUGGACCCCGAAUGUGCACACAAUGACGCCCAUGGAGCUGAAGCGUGCCUUCUCAACCAAGCACCGUAUGUACAGCGACUACAAUCAGCAGGAUGCCCAGGAGUUCCUGCGCUUCUUCCUCGACUCGCUGCACUCGGCCCUCAAUACGGGCGUCAAGGGUGAGACGCUCAACAUUGACGAUAAUCUCAGUGACAAUAAGAAGGCGGACCUGACCUGGGAGUGGUAUACGCGGCACGAGAACUCUCUGGUGCGCGACCUCUUUGUGGGGCAGCUGAAGAGCACCCUGAAGUGCACCACCUGCGGCAAUACGAGCGUUACCUUUGAUCCCUUUUGGGAUCUGAGCGUACCGCUGCCGUCCUCGUCGCGGUGCAAGCUAGAGGCCUGCCUGGACCUCUUUAUACGUGAGGAGGUCUUGGACGGGGACGAGAUGCCGACGUGCGCCAAGUGCAAGACGCGACGGAAAUGCACCAAGAGCUUCACCAUCCAGCGUUUCCCCAAAUAUCUGGUUAUACAUCUUAAACGCUUCUCGGAGACGCGCUGGAGCAAGCUGUCGAACAUCGUUGAGUUCCCCACAUCGGAUCGCGAGCUCAACAUGGGCUCCUAUGGCGCCAACUCCAACUCGAAUGUGCAUUAUUCGCUCUAUGCGAUAUCCAAUCAUAUGGGCUCUACGGCUGGCGGUCAUUAUGUGGCCCUGUGCAAGCAUCCCAUUUCCCGCAAGUGGCACGAGUUCAAUGAUAAUAUUGUCAGCGAUGCCUUGUGCGAAAACCAUCUCGUUUCAUCCAGUGCCUAUAUACUUUUCUACGAGCGUGCGUAAGGCCCACAAGCAGGAGGAAGUCUUCGCUGAUGUCGGGCGGGAAAGAGCACCAGGAUUACCCGGAUUACCCUAGCAGGAGAACUACGAACAUGGUUAUUAAUUGAGAAUGCAAAUGCUAGCUUAGGACCAACACGAGCGAAGCAGGAGCAGGACUAGGAGGGUUGGCAGGCGGUCUCUUCAUAGAAACGCUUCGUAGAAUUGCAAACAAAAGCAAAUAACAUAAUUUAACUCCAAAAAUGUGAGAAGAUAAGAGGGAGGAGAGCCAGAAACAAAUUCCCAAAAAAAAAAAAACCUAAAGAGAAAAACGGGAAGAGCACGAUGAACGGAUGAACGAGAUUGGAUGGAUGUACAUAGAAAACGAACCCAAAACAAACAUACACUACACAUGCAGACAAACAAAAACAAGAAAACAAAACAAAUAAUCUGUGCAAUAACAACUUUCGGCAAACCAAAUAGCAAAAGCAAAAAAUCGAGCGGGGAUAAAGCCAAAGGCGAAGCAAGGAUUUAAUGUGUAUUUCCUCUCCCUCCAUCUCGGUCUAACCCGUCUAACCAUCUCUCUCCUUCCUGCUCUCUCUCACUCUCUCUCUAUCUGUAUCUCUUUCAAUAUUCUCACUCUAUCGUGUCCUGUGUCUGUCCCUCGGUUUGCCGAAAGCCUUUCGUCCCUGUGGUUGUGCGCAAUAAACAAACAAACAAAACGUAAAAAAUAAAGAUUAAAAACAAAUGGAAAGCAACAAAAAGUAACGUAAGCUAAACGAGAAUAGAAAGGCAAAGCGACAAAGAAAAAGAAAGCUAAACUCAACGUAAGCGGCGGAAGAGAAACCUAAUUAUCUAUAAACGCAAAACAUAUAUAUUUGAAAUUCGUCUUUCUUGUGCAAUAUAUUUCAUAAAUGAAAAACCCAACAGCAAGAAAACGGAAAUGCAAUAAAAAUACUUUAAAAACUAAAGACGAUUCAAAGGCAAAAAGUAAAACAAAAAAGCAACAAAACAAAAACCAAUGCAAUCGCACCACAAAAAUCACACUAAAUAUAAAAAAAAAAGAAACUAAAAACUAACUGGCUAAGUAAAACGGCUUUUUAGCAACUAAACAAAAAAAAAACAACAUCAACUAACAAGUAAAAACUAAAAACCCGAAAAUAUAGUGAUUAGUUAAUUGAUAAUGAGAGAAAUGAGAAAUAGGGAAGGAAGAAGGAAAAUGUUUACGAAAAACGACGCGACGUGCGAAAGCUGACAAAAACAAAA